AUGCAAACAGUCGGUCCGCUAAUCUAUCAACCAACAGUCUUCAGUCCUGAUGGACACGUUUUUCAGGUGGAAUAUGCUCUGGAAGCUGUGAAGCGAGGUACCUGUGCUGUGGGAGUCAAGGGCAAAGACAUUGUCGUGCUCGGCUGCGAAAAGCGUUCGGCCAUGAAGCUCCAGGACACGCGAAUCACCCCCUCCAAGAUCUGCCUCGUCGACACCCACGUCGCCCUCGCCUUCGCCGGACUCAACGCCGAUGCCCGCAUUCUCGUCGACAAGGCGCGCCUCGAGGCCCAAUCACAUCGCCUGACCGUCGAGGACCCCGUGUCAAUAGAGUACAUUACAAAAUACGUCGCCGGUGUGCAGCAGAGGUACACGCAGAGCGGUGGUGUGCGGCCGUUUGGCAUCAGCACGCUGAUUGUUGGAUUCGACCCCAACGACAAGACACCCCGCCUCUACCAGACGGAGCCAUCAGGCAUCUACUCGGCAUGGAAAGCAAACGCCAUUGGACGAUCGAGCAAGACGGUCCGCGAAUUCCUCGAGCGCAACCACAAGGACGGACUGGACCGCGAAGAGACGAUCAAGUUGACGGUCAAGUCGCUAUUGGAGGUGGUGCAGACGGGCGCGAAGAACAUUGAGAUUGCGGUGUCGGCACCCGGCAAACCGCUCGAGCUGCUGCCGGUGGAGGACAUUGAGCGGUAUGUCGAGGGCAUCAACACGGAGAAGCAGGAAGAGGCGGCGAGCAGGCGGCCGGGACGUGGGGCAGGCGGCACCACUUCGAUUCCUGCACGGCCAGCGGGAGAGGGCUCUGGAUCGGGAGCGUGA